AAGAGACUGCUGAGAGACAGAGAGACUGCAGAGAUCCUGAGCUGAGGCAUCGCACCACAAACCCUUACAAAAUGCAACUGCGUGUCCUUUUCUCGCUGGUACUCGUGCUGUUAGUUGUCAUGAUGACAGGGUGCUCUGAAGCUGGCAGAAACAAAAAAGAGAAAGGGAAGAAGUCUAGCUCAGCCUGCAAAGAAUGGCACUGGGGGACAUGUGAGCCGGCCUCUGGUGACUGUGGCACUGGACUCCGUGAGGGAACCUGCAAGGAGAAGGAGGAGACCAAGGUCGUGAAGUGCAAGGUGCCUUGUAACUGGAAGAAGCAAUUUGGAAGUGACUGCAAGUACAAGUUUGGAAACUGGGGUGAGUGUGACACCGAGACUGGCCUGAAAACUCGCAAUGGAACCCUAAAGAAGGCGCUGUUCAACGCAGAGUGUGAGCAGUCAGUGAAGGUCACAAAGUCAUGUGAUAAAUCCAAGUCAAAAUCGAAAGGUAAGAGAGGAAAGAAGGGCAUGUGAGAAGUUCCUAGAAACUUGACAGUAUAACCCACCUUCUUGUUGAUCUGAGCUGCAGCACAAUCUAUACAGCCACCCCUCACCAAAAUACCUUUUACCAAGCUUUGUUGUAAUCUUCUAAUCUGUAGCAUUUAAUGUACAAGAACUGCCUUUUUAAAUGAUUGCUUCUUUUUUAGUCUAUUAUUGCUUAUAAACCUGAGACUUGGCAUGUGUACAGUACAUUUCUGCAACUAUAUAAUUUUCAUGUAGACUGCCUUACAAAUCUCUAGGCUUGUAGUAAUGUUUUUGUCAUGUAUCAAUCAUCCCUUUUAACCCCAUUCAAAAUGCCAACAUCAUCUGUCUUUGCAGAAUUCUAGGCCAUUAAUUUUCCCCGGCCUACUUGGCCUGAAUGUGCUGAGCAUUCUUUUUGCAAGAACAGAUAACUUUUUAGACUUGAGCUACACAAAACUUCUUUGAACGUUUGAUCAGAAGAGAAGCAGCCAUUUUGCUUUGCUGAAAAUAUUGUGUUCUUGACAGUGGGAUUGCGUUGUAACUCUGAAAUUAUGUAACAAAUGUAGCACAACUAAACUCUGAAUACUCCUUUCCUUAAAAGCCAUGACUUGGAGAUUUGGAAGGCACAGUGUAGUUCGUGAGGAAUAAUGCAUUUCCUGUCCUAAAUGUUUGCCAUUCACUGAAGAGAUCUUGGACUAGAGGUUUUUUCAAUAAAAUCUUUUUAUAAACUUA